CAUUGUGCUUUUGGCAGUACAAUGACCUGACGAAGAUCUCUUUCUUUUUGAAGGAAAUACUCAUCUAAAACAUCCUUUUCUUUCCAAUUAUUUGCUGUGCAGAGGGAAGAUAAAAUACAAAGGUUACUUGGUACCAGAAAAUCCAGUAAUCAAAUGUGUAUCAGGAUUUGAAUGCUGGCAUGAUAACAAUACUAAGUUAUCCGUAGUGUUACUUAGUCUCCCAUCCCUAAACCCCAGAGCUAAGACAAGGUAUCUGUAUCUGUAGUCUACCUAUGACCAGUGCAUGUACUUGGACAGGCACUGACUGCCUGGACUGUUGGUACGUGCCCUCGCCUGUUUGUAUGUAUGUGUGUGGGUUUGGCUUGUAGUAACACACUUCCCAGGCAGUACUUGGGCAUGAUUCUUAGAACAGCAGGGAGCAGAGACCAUUCCCAAUAUGAAAAGGAGAAUAUUGGUAAAGCCAUUCUGCUGGCUGGAUGAGACAGCAGCUUGGGCACACACUAUGCCUUACUACCAUGCCCUGCAUACUCAUCAUGUUUACUAAAAUAGUUCUGUUGUAGAACAGUUUUUGAUUUGUUGGCAAGACUAGGAUUUCUUUGUUGCAUUAGGCCCACAUACACAUGUGCAAGCAUAAAUGCAGCUUUUCUAGUUGAUGUCUAUGUUUUGUGAUAUGCUCUUUCAAGUGUCACCACCGUUUUUUGAAGGGAGGGGCACUCUGUACCGAGUGGUGCUCUGUAGAAAUGGUGUGAUUUGCAGCAGACUGACAGGCCAUGUCUGAAAGGUGAAGACAGCCUCACCAGAAGUAAAGGCGCACUGAUGCGGCUGCGCCCUGCAGGCAGGACUCUGCCAAACCCCUCGUUCUUCCCCAGCUGCUGCCCCUGGAGGUUACUGGACCUGCGCUGCGUUCAGCUAUGAAAUUUCUGUUGGUUUUUGAUUUUGACCAUACAAUCAUAGAUGAAAAUAGUGACACCUGGAUUGUGAAAUGUGCUCCUGAAAGAAAACUUCCUAAUGGAUUAAGAAACUCUUACCAACCAGGACAUUGGACAGAAUAUAUGGGCAGAGUCUUUGUCUACUUGGGAGACAAUGGUGUCAAAGAAGAUGAGAUGAAAAGAACUAUGACAACAAUUCCUUUCACUGCGGGAAUGAUAGAUCUUCUGGGAUUUAUUGGCAAGAACAAGGAGUUGUUUGAUUGUAUAAUUGUUUCAGAUUCUAAUACAGUAUUUAUUGACUGGAUUUUGAAAGCUGCUGACUUCCAUAAAGUGUUUGAUGAAGUGUUUACAAACCCUGCAGCAUUCAGCAGUACUGGCUAUCUUACUGUACAGCACUUCCAUGCUCACCAUUGUGCAAAGUGCCCUAAAAACCUUUGCAAAAGGAAAGUUUUAAAAGAAUUUCUAGAUAAACAGUUGGAGCGAGGAGUGAGUUAUACACAAGUUAUAUAUAUAGGUGAUGGUGGGAAUGACUUAUGUCCAGUAAUGUUUUUGAAGAAGAAUGAUAUUGCUAUGCCCAGGCAGGGGUAUACCUUGGAGAAAAGGAUUUCUCAAUUGGCCCAAAGUCUCAGUCCUGUACAGUGUUCUGUUCUGGUUUGGUCAUCUGCAAUUGACAUUAUGUCUUACCUGAAAUUACUUAUAAAGGAAUGAUUCAAAUGAUAAAAGGAAACUGAUGCAGUUACAUUUUAACUUCUUGGGAGAGAAAACCUGCAUGUGUAUAAAAGCUCAAAAUUGUAAAAUUGGACUAUUAUCUGAAAUUAUGGGGUUUUUAGCCACAACAUAUAACUCUUUAUGUUCAAACCUGGUGAUAAUGGGAAAGUGCAGUAAAAAAGGCCUUCUAGAUUCCUAUGUAAGUGGAGAAGGGGUGUUGGGACAGGACUUGUCAUUAGUUUUUGGCUACUCCCUCCCCUCCAACCCUUUACAAGUAUAUAGCUGAUAUAUACUUGCAAUCCCACACACUUAGGGGAAGAGUAGGAUUCCUGUUCAAAAGAAUGAAAUUCUUUAUUAGAAAACAUUAGGCACCAGGAGCAGGAGCAUGGUUCUAGAGCUGCUGGCUUUUAUACUACUUUGAUCUGGUUGGCAAAUUAUUUGCUUGUAAUCUUGUUUAAUUCAAAGAUGCAUUUAUAUUUUCAAUCGAUUAUUUUACCAAACAAAAUUACUUUUUAAUACUUUGUAUUAUCUUGUAUUGUAAAGACAAUAAAAGUUGCUGUCAUUGACAAAUGCAACAUAA